AUGUCACUCUACCCAUUCUUCGCUCCACGAUCGGUCUACUCGCCAGUCCACCAUCUUCUGCGUGAAGUGUCGGACCUUGAACGUCAGAUUGAACCAUUAUUCCAGAGUCUGUGCCAAAAUGAGAUGUUCAAGAGCGACAAUGAGAAAUUCAGCGUCAAUUUGAACGUCUCCGACUACAAGCCCGAAGAGCUUAAAAUCGAUCUUGAUGGCCGCAAGUUGAAGAUCGAAGGAAAUCAGAAGGUUGAGAAUGAGCACGGCUUCUCAAAGAGAUCAUUCUCGAGGAUCGUGCUCCUUCCGGAAGACGCUGAUCUCGCCGCCAUCACCUCGAACCUCACCGAAGACGGCCAGUUGAGCAUCGAGGCUCCACGCGUUCCAAAGGAUACCGGUCGAAGUAUUCCGAUCAACGUGAAUCCAGCGGUGAAAGACACGCCAAAGGAGAACGGAAAAACAAUUCGAAUACUCUAUUCGAGUGCUGUAUUCCACAAAAAUCUCAAUUAUCUCUUUAUAUGGGUAUCAGUGUCAUGGUUUGAAUCUCUGGUGUUCAAGGUGAUUUCAACUUUCUACAUCACAGGAAUCGCGAAUUCGGGAGUGCCCGAGAAUCAUACGCAAUUCUGGUAUUCUCGAAAUCCGGCAUUAUUCCCGAGAAUCGAAUCAAUUUCUGGAAUUCGACCUCUUCACAUCGCUAGCUUAUUGCGUUGGCAUUAUUUCUUCACAAUCACCACUAUGAUUUUCUGUACAGCAGCCGAAAGACUCUGCGCAACAUAUUUCAUUCUGGAUUAUGAAUCGAAGCGACGAACCUAUAUAUUCUAUCUUAUAAUGGUUUUCUCGAAUCUAUUCAAUAUUCCAAUGUCAUUUUUGACAUAUUAUAAUAUUCUUCAGCUUCUUCAUGCAUUCCUAUAUAUGGUGAUUGCGAAUAUCGCAGCUGGCCUGAUGUUCACAGCCAGCCUUAUAGUGAAUAAUCGCAUCAUAAGGAAGUUUAGUAAAGACGCUUCGAGCUAUACACUUCCCAUUAGAUUUCAAGCGCGAGAAAAUAUUAAAGCGAUCAAGAUGAUCGAACGCAUCAUAAUUGUCGGCUUCAUCCUCAUAGCCUUCGGCUUUCUUUGUGUGGCCGCUCUCCUCUACAACAUUUAUCCCAAUUCGAAUACUAUCGUUUUAUUUCUCUUCGAGGUUGUCGCUCAUUUGAAUCCCAUGAUAAUAUGCCCUUUGGUGCUAAUGUCGCUGAACAAGUGGGACGAUCGAUUUGAACAAAAAAAGUCCAUCGAAUACCGCAACGAGACCGACGUCUACUUCAAGCAGUUGAAGAAUGCAUGGGAAUAA